AUGCAAGUUUUGAUGGAGGAGAAGUUGUGUAGGGGAUUCUGGGCAAUUCUCACAACGCUCAACGACCUCAUAUUUCACAUCUCAUUUUUAUUCGCUGCUAUCUCUAUGAUGAGAUUUUUAAGCGUCUUCUACUUUUUCAGUGUCCUUACGUUCAUGCUGAGAAAAAUGGUUAGAACUCUUGGCAAGUUCCUCCUUAUCUUCGUGAUAUUUUGGGUAAUUUUUGCUGUAUGCCACAUAAGCAUGGCAGAAGAGUAUGCUGUGCGUAGCAAUCACUCCUUGGCUUGGAUGAUAUUCCAAAAUGGGGCCUUUGAAAUUUUCGGAGAAGUGGACGACGAAGACAAAAUUGGUUAG